ACUUUUUUUUGUUUAUCCUUUUUCUUGCCUUUUUUUUUUUUUUUAAACAUUUUCUCCUGCAUCUAUUUGCUUUUCGAUCGCCGCUUUUCUGGAACAAGUAGAUGCUUCCGAUGCCCUCCCAGAGACACUUAGGUUCAAGAGUCACAACUUUGCAAGAUUUUUAUGCAUUUACUUUUGGUCGCCCUGUCUUCCGACCGGGCCCAGGGAGGGUAGAGAAGGAAUCACCCAAGGACGGAAUGACCGAAGCUACCCACCGGCCCGCCCCUGGGGAACCGGAGUCCCGACCGCGGUUCCCGGCGCUCUGACGGCCGCGGAAGGCCGGCCCCGGGGUAACCGGAGUGCGUCGUGGGGCGCCGCGCCAGCCCAGCUGUGAUCCAGUUUGGUGUCGGGGUUCCACCGCAGCGGCAGCCAUCGGACCCCGGCUGGAACAAGCCAGAGCCCGUUCCAGUGUCUUGGCUCCAUGGGUGCAUUUGAAGCUUGUUAUUGAAUACAGUUUUGCUCUGCAGGCAGGAUCCAGCUUCUCAGUUCUCAAGUUUUUGUAGAAUGCAGUAAGCUGCGGCCCACGUUGUUUUUUAAGAAGAGAAGGUUGUAGCUUCCUCCUAGCAACAGACACUUUUACAGUUGCAUUCAAUGCCUAACAUUGCAGAACCCGAAAGGGCCAGUGAUUCUGGAAAUGGUGAGCACCAGUCCGAGAGGAAGUCUCUGGAAGAGAAUCUACAAGGUGCUGUAAAAUCUUUCUGCACAAGUACCUCAGGAGCAACCUUGGGUCCCAAAGGAGAUGGCCAUUACCCGUGGAGUUGUCCCGUGACUCACACUCGUGAAAAAAUUUAUGCCAUCUGCUCAGACUAUGCCUUCCUCAACCAGGCAACCUCAAUCUACAAAACCCCAAACCCAGCCCGCUCCUCUUGCCUCUCUGACAGUACCUCGUUAUCUACUGGGAAUAAUGCAUCAAAAUACAUCGGCAUCCCAACUAGUACAUCUGAAAUAAUCUAUAAUGAAGAAAACAACUUGGACACGUUAUCCAACAGCCUAGGCAAGCUACCUCUCGCAUGGGAAAUCGAUAAAUCGGAAUUCGAUGGGGUCACUACCAAUUUGAAACACAAAUCAGGCAAUGCAAAGAAACAAGUUUCCAAGAAAAAAACUUCGGAUAGAAAAGGAAGACACCAGAGAGAAUGCCCUCAGCAUUCUCCUCUUGAAGACAUCAAACAGCGGAAAGUGUUAGAUCUCAGACGAUGGUACUGCAUAAGCAGACCACAGUACAAGACUUCUUGUGGCAUUUCCUCAUUAAUUUCAUGUUGGAAUUUCCUAUACAGCACAAUGGGAGCUGGGAACCUUCCACCCAUAACCCAAGAAGAAGCUUUACAUAUUCUGGGCUUUCAGCCGCCAUUUGAAGAUAUCCGGUUUGGCCCAUUCACUGGAAAUACAACACUCAUGAGAUGGUUUAGACAAAUUAACGAUCACUUCCAUGUGAAAGGAUGCUCUUAUGUUCUAUAUAAGCCUCAUGGGAAGAACAAAACAGCUGGAGAAACAGCUUCGGGAGCCUUGUCAAAGUUAACUCGUGGACUGAAAGAUGAAUCGCUGGCUUACAUCUAUCAUUGCCAAAAUCAUUAUUUUUGUCCAAUUGGCUUUGAAGCAACUCCUGUUAAAGCAAGUAAAGCAUUUGGGAUUCCACAUGAACAAUGUGCCAGAAAUAACUAAAAAGUAUCUUCCCUUCUAACCAUGAAAGACAUGGAGAGUAUCAGGAUUCCUCUUUAUCCUGGUUGCAAGAAAACUCUGUACCAAAUUUUAUUUCCCUGUCAGGAACCAUAUUACCUUCAUGGCUAUAUUUGUUUGUUUGUUUUUUAAUUUCCUCAAUCCACAGUUUAUAUUUUAUA